UAACUACUUCUCUUGCCCCCCAAAUGGCCUUUUUUCAAAUAAGCAAACACCUUAGAACUGUAAGGAAGUUCGCUUUAUAACCAACAAAUCGAAUUCUUCCUUUUUCCAGUUGACCAAAGGGAGUUUUCUCAGAGUGCGUGCGGAAUAUCGAACUACAAGUCCCAGCAUGCUCUGCACGGCGCCCAGAGAGCCUGGCCACCGUCGUAGGUGCGGGCCGCCUGAAUGAAGCGUCCGGCGUAAGGCAAAGCCUGCCACCGUCUGCACGGCGGUACCUGCUCCCAGAGCGUGAGUGCAGGGUGUGGGCCGUGCGCGUGCGCGCUGGAAGGGGGUGUGUGCCGGUCGCUCCAGGUCGCUGCGGGCGCGUCGCUGCUGAGCUGGGCGGCAGCGGUGCCGCGCGCCCAACGGGCCGAUAGUUGCGGGGCCUCCUGCCUCGCCCCCGGCUGCGCGCAGCGGUGGCGGCCUCCGGGGAUCGCAAGGGGCGGAGGAAAGGAGGGGGCCGGCCCCGGCAUGCGGAGGAACAUUCGAGCAUGCCCCGAGACAACAUGGCCUCCCUGAUCCAACGGAUCGCCCGCCAGGCGUGCCUCACCUUCCGGGGCAGCGGGGGCGGCCGCAGCGGUUCCGACCGCAGCGCGGUGCCAGGCCCCGAGGCGUCGAUGCCGCAGGGCUUCCCGGAGAACUUGAGCAAGCUGAAAAGCCUGCUGACCCAGGUCCGCGCCGAAGAUCUGAACAUCGCCCCGCAGAAAGCCACGCUGCAGCCGCCGCCUCCCAACCUGCCACCCGUUACCUACAUGCACAUCUACGAGACAGAAGGCUUCAGCCUCGGUGUGUUCCUGCUCAAGAGUGGCACGUCCAUCCCGCUGCACGACCACCCGGGCAUGCACGGCAUGCUCAAGGUGCUCUACGGCACAGUGCGCAUCAGCUGCAUGGACAAGCUGGAGGCAGGCGGCGUACAACGACCGCAGUUCGAGCCGCCGCUGCAGGCCCGUGAGCGGGACGCCGUGCGGCCGGGCGUGCUGCGCUCGCGGGCCGAGUACACCGAGGCCAGCGGUCCCUGCGUCCUCACGCCGCACCGGGACAACCUACAUCAGAUCGACGCUGUGGAUGGGCCUGCAGCCUUCCUGGACAUUCUGGCCCCGCCCUACGACCCCGAUGACGGCCGGGACUGUCACUAUUACCGGGUGCUGGAGCCGGUCAGGGCCAAGGAGGCCUCCGGAUCUACCUGUGACCUGCCCCGAGAGGUGUGGCUCCUGGAGACCCCGCAGGCGGAUGACUUCUGGUGCGAGGGGGAACCCUAUCCAGGUCCCAAGGUCUUCCCUUGAAGCCAGUGGCGCCCAGGAGUUGUUGGCUCAAGGCGUGUCCUCAGAUCUGGGCCUGGCUGCUGGCGACCCACCACAAGGGCUCUCUCCCUACCCCCAGGCCUGGGCAUUCGAUCUACUAGAGUGGGCUGUAGCCGCUUCCUCGAGAGCCUUGGGAAGCGCGGGACUCCGGUCGCCUGGCACGGUUAUGGGGGCGGGGGAGGCAGGGAGGCCAGGUUGUUUCUUGGCUCUAUCACUGCCACCAGGGUUUUGAUUUGUGGGGAGAGGAGGGAAGCAGGGGACUUCUUGAAGCGCUUCCAUCUUAAAGCCAUAAUGAAAAUAUUCUUUCCUCUGUUCUCCAUCCUAUAGAAAAUACACUGAGAGAUUUUCUGACCUCCUCUAUCCCCCCCACCCCCACCUUGGUGAAUAAGGUUUGUUAUCCACUUAUGUUCUUAUGCCCUUUUACUCUUUAUUCUUAUAGUUUUAACUUAUUGACUGUGCAUGACCCAGUGGUUUGAAUUGUUUUUAGUUCAAGUCAUUGGUAAAAACUGGGUGUGAGGAGCUGAGCUACUGUUUAAAGUGAGCUGUCCUGCUUAAUUAAUUCGUUGUGAAAAUUAAAUCAUUUUCCAGAGUUAGGGGAUCAUCCCCAAAACAUAACUAUGCAUGUGGAGGACAAGAUUUAUUUUCUUUCCUCCUCUUGCCCAGUAGCCACAUCUGGUUUACUUGGGCAGCAUCUACAAAGAAAUUUACACCUGUAUGUCUGUGACAAAUGGUCACAUAGAGCUUAUCUUCCCCAUGAGUCUCCAGAUCUGUGAGUUGAGCAUAUUUCUUGUUGCACAUUCACAUUUAAUGCAAAAACUAUAUUAUCCUCAAGAGACUUUUCUUGUCUUACUUUUCUUUAAGAGGUGAUAGAGUAAUUCUGUAUUUUCUAACCAGAAGAUUCAGAGAUGCUGAAUCAGUAUGCUUCCAAACAACUGAAUGUAAAACACCCUUAGCCAGGGUCUUGAAUUUCAUGUCCCUAUUUACUUCUAGGGUUUUCCUGCAAAAGUAGAAAUGACUGUUUCACAUUCUCUCAGCUCUAAUACUCCAGAAGGCUGGUGCUUCCAGCUGUGUUGUUGGUUGGCAGUGUUCUUAGAACCCUCCCCCUCAAACAGAAGAGUACCUGUGCUUGCUUCAUCUAGUGUGGAAGAGAGAGAAGGCACUGGUGAAUGAGACUGGAGAAUUGAGAUUUAACUAUACUGGCCAUUGUAGGGCACCAAAACUUGGGACAAAAACACUUCCCAGCCUCAUCAAUUGAACAGUUGUGCUAUCUGUAACUAGUUUUAUUCUUGUCCUUUUAAUAAGCUGAGCAACUUGACCAUGUUUACAAACGCAUUGACACCAUUUGCUUCAGGCCAAGGAGCACUAUAGUUUCCUCUUUUUACUAUUUAUAGGAUUCCUUUUUUCACAAACUUUGAAUAAAAAUAAACUGUAGAAAUAAAUAUUAAAAUUUGCCCAGCUGUCAUCUAAGCCCUCUUGAUUGACUUGCCUAUAUGGCAAUCUAGUUUUAAUAUCUAAUAAAGGGAGAUUUGCUAUUGGUGGAAAGUGUCAACCUCGUAGGGAAACGGUAUGUGCCUUUAUGUACUGGGUUACAGAGGCCCACGGUGAAAGAAUAUUCCCAAUUUUUAAAAUAGAAUGAAAAAGCAAAUUCUUGUUUUCUUUUUCAUUUUACAAAAAAGAUGCUUAAUCAGUGUGACAUGCCACUACGUUGUAAAACCAGACAGGCAUAAUGCCAAGCAUUUCCUAAUGCUGAUUUAUGGUAGCUUCACUUUCUGGUGUGGUAUAGUAUACCUUGAGGGCAGUUUGAAGCAGUUCUUCAUGCCAUUCAGUUUGAAAAUAAGCUCUACAUAUGCAAAUGAUGAUUUUCUUAAGAAAGUUCACUGAAUGGCUUUUUUUUUCAUAACAGUAAUGAAUGGGUAUAGUUAUCAAUCACAUACCUAUCUGUUUUGAAUUAUAUUGUAGCAAAAAAUUGAUUGACUUACAAAGAUGUGGAUUGUGAUGUGUAUGUUGUAAUACAACCUGGGGUACAUUAACCUACAAAAACUGGCAAUAGGACAGUAAUAAAGGAGGAAUUGUUUUUCCAGACUUCAUUAUGAAAAGUUUUAAAAUUCAAGUACAAGCAAGAUGAAUGAAAAAAGCUAAAGUGCUUUUCAGAAGAAUAAUUGAAGUUGCAGGCCAAAACAGCAAUAUGGUAUCUCUCUAAUAGUUUAAUAAGAGUAAUAAAACUUGGUUCACUAAUAAAUUCUGAAUAAGUUAAUGGUGAUCACAAAAUGCAUCUUGUUUUAGUGAGCCACUAAGGGAAGAAUAUUCUUAUUACAAAGACAAAUGUGCAAAAAAACCUUGCACCUUUCUCCAUAAACUGUUAGUCACAACUGACUUCAUGUGCUGCUAUUGUGUUUCCAUGUAUUCCUGCAAUAUAGACUUUCAGUAACAGCUGGGAAAAAGUUGUCUUCCCCUACAAAGACUAAUGAGCACAAUGAAACUAAUCACUUAACUUUUCUGUUGAAUAACAAAUGCAAUAAUUUCUUCUCAUGGGUGAGAAGUUGUCUAAAUACUUCUGAAGCUUUUUAAUUCUCUGGUUAUAUCAAUGGCCACUUACAUUAAUGGAGAAUAUUGUGUACCUACCUAUUACUUUAUGAGAACUGAUUUUUUACAAAGCUUGAUUUGCAUGGAUUGAAUUUACAUCAAUUGCUGUAUUAAUGAAAAUGGUGGGCCUAUUUUUAAAGUAAUAUGUGUUUGCCAACGGGUGGGUUCUCAGACCUUUUAUCACUAAUAGCCCUUCUCCCAAAAUACACUCCUUGAGGUCCUCCUUUUGCAUUAUCCCCUUGUAGGUGCCUCACUCUUGGCAUCUCAGGACUCUGUCAUCACUCAUCCAUUACAAAUGACUGAAUCUUGUGCUAUGGCUCUACUGCUCUAUGAAGAAGCAAUAUACCUUUAAUUCAGGGCUCUGCCCAUCGGUAUUCAACUCUAACUUGAGGGCAGUAACACUCAUGUAACUUCUGGUCUGAAUUCAGGACUUCAGGUUACAAACAGGUUGACCACUGAUCACUUCAGUGCAAUGAAGCAUCUACUGUCAAGGAAAUCACUUGUUAAAUCCCAUAUAGAUACUGAAUUGUCAGAUCCAGGGUUGUUUACAUUGCUGAAUUAAAAUCGGUGUACUUAUGGAAAAUAAAGGCAUGUUUGAAAUUGUUCAGA